AAAUGGGUAUAAAAGAUGCAUUAAUGGUCAAAUUAAGCAUCAUUUUCGUUUCAAUCGUACCCAAAGACAGUUUAAAUCAGCAUCUACAAUGACCGGACGUGGCAAAGGAGGCAAAGGACUCGGUAAAGGAGGAGCUAAGCGUCAUCGUAAGGUGUUGCGUGAUAACAUCCAGGGUAUUACCAAGCCCGCCAUCCGUCGUCUAGCUCGUCGUGGUGGUGUCAAGCGUAUUUCCGGGCUGAUCUACGAGGAAACCCGAGGCGUGCUGAAGGUGUUCCUCGAAAACGUGAUUCGUGACGCCGUCACCUACACCGAACACGCCAAGCGUAAGACCGUCACGGCCAUGGAUGUCGUCUAUGCUCUGAAGCGACAGGGACGCACUCUGUACGGUUUCGGAGGUUAAAUCAGUAUUAUCAGCUCUAGCAUCAAAACGGCCCUUUUCAGGGCCACAAUAUGAAUCAAAAAGGGUUUUUGAUGGCAACUUCUUGCAGU